AAUUUGGGCGGGCGGGGUGCGCGCAUGGGUCCGCCUCGUGUUGGAGGGGAGAGGGAGUGACCCCGGGACGAGCUGGGGUUGCGUCGAGUGAGGAAGGUGUGAGUGGGUCAAGCAGGAGGAGACAUGGCUGCCAAGGUGUUUGAGUCCAUCGGCAAGUUCGGCCUGGCCUUGGCUGUGGCGGGAGGAGUGGUGAACUCUGCCUUGUAUAACGUGGAUGCCGGGCACCGAGCUGUCAUCUUUGACCGGUUCCGUGGGGUGCAAGACAUCGUGGUAGGAGAGGGGACCCAUUUCCUCAUCCCUUGGGUACAGAAACCCAUCAUCUUCGAUUGCCGCUCUCGACCACGUAACGUGCCGGUUAUCACUGGCAGCAAAGACCUACAGAAUGUCAACAUCACCCUGCGCAUCCUCUUCCGGCCAGUUGCCAGCCAGCUUCCCCGCAUCUUCACCAGCAUCGGGGAGGACUAUGACGAGCGGGUGCUCCCGUCCAUCACGACGGAGAUCCUCAAGUCCGUGGUGGCUCGCUUUGAUGCUGGAGAACUGAUCACGCAGAGGGAGCUGGUCUCCAGGCAGGUGAGCGAUGACCUCACGGAGCGAGCAGCAACCUUCGGGCUCAUCCUGGAUGAUGUGUCCUUGACGCAUCUGACCUUCGGGAAGGAGUUCACAGAAGCGGUGGAAGCCAAGCAGGUGGCUCAGCAGGAAGCGGAGAGGGCCAGAUUUGUGGUGGAGAAGGCCGAGCAGCAGAAGAAGGCGGCCAUCAUCUCCGCCGAGGGUGACUCCAAGGCAGCCGAGCUGAUCGCCAACUCGCUUGCCACCGCGGGCGACGGCCUCAUCGAGCUGCGCAAGCUGGAGGCGGCGGAGGACAUCGCCUACCAGCUCUCGCGCUCCCGGAACAUCACGUACCUGCCGGCCGGCCAGUCGGUGCUCCUGCAGCUGCCCCAGUGAGGCCGCCCGGGCCGCGGCCCCGAGGCUCCCGAGCCCCGCCGUCCUCCCGCCCCUGCCCCAGAAAUCACUGUGAAAUUUCAUGAUUGGCUAAAAGUGAAGGAAAUAAAGUGGAAUCGCUUCAGAUCUCUCAUUACCAGACGAAGCUUUUUCCUUCUUCCCAUUUCCACCCACUUUUUGAACCACCUCCCUCCCCCCACCCCACAAAUUGCCAAGUGCCUACGCAGCCUGGGGCCCGCCGGCACCGCAGCGGGGGUUGGCAGAAGAAGGGGCUGGGGGUGCGCGGCGGUCAGCCCGGAGACACGAGGAGCCUCCAGCCUGUCCCUCGUUCAAGAUGUGGGGGCGAUGGCACACGCGGCUGGACCGAGAGCACAGGUGUCCGUGUUUUCUGGCAGUUUCUGCACCGAUGCAGCCGAAGAGGCGCGGGGCGGGGCCCGCUCGGAAGUCCUCUCUUCUAAAGCCGAUUCUCCAGAACCCCGGGGCCGGCGGAAGCAGGUGUGAGCAGUAGGGCGCGGAUCGAAGAAUCUGCCGCUGGGACGGUGGGUGGGCCGAUUUCGCUGCCCCCCCAGGGCCCCGCCACUGGGAUGGGCUUGGACAGCGAGCGAGCAGACUUCCCGUCCACCCGACCCGCCUCCCGUGUCUCAGAACACCCCACUGGGGUCCAGCCGGCCUGAACAUGGCCUGCCAAGGACGUGCGUCCCGUGCUCCCAGCCCUGUCGCUCAGAGGCUGCCCUUCUAGACGACUCCGUGCCUGCGCUCGGAAGGAAACGACCUUGGGGAAAAAGCAAACACUGUCAUCUGCUGUCAAUAAACGACACCCAGGCCACCCA